AUGAGUGGGUCACCGAGUGACGUUGUACGCAAGGCGUGGUCGGAUAUAGCGUUAGAUAGCCGAUUGGUGGAGGCUAUUAAGAAACUGAAGUGGAAGGCCCCUACCCCAGUGCAGAGCGCAUGUAUUCCGUUGGCGAUGAAGGGGAGAGAUUUGGCGAUUCAGUCACAGACAGGUACCGGUAAAACUGGGGCCUUUCUCAUUCCAGUAAUACAGCGCAUUAUUACCGAGAAUGAACGUGCAUGUGGCCGCCGCAACGCGCAAAACCCUGUCGCUCUAAUAUUGUUGCCAUCGGAGGAACUCUGCAAGCAGACGGUGGAGGUCGCUAAUGCGCUGACAAGAUAUGUGAAACCGCGAAUUAUAGUGAAUGAUUUAACCUCACGUGUAUCCACCGCAAAUGCGUUGCGCCUCACCGCUGCACCAAUACUUGUUAGCACCGCUGCCUCGCUGGGCAAACUGUGCCGCAAUGGUUCUGUUACCUCAGAUGACAUGAAGCCGCUGCGUUGCGUUGUGAUUGACGAGGCCGACCUGAUCAUGUCGAUUGCGGAGGGCUCACUACGAGCAGUGCAAUCAGUGCUACCAACGUCUGCGCAGACAAUCUUGGCUUCCGCCACGUUAACGGAUGGUGUCGCUCAGAUUAAGGGCCAGCUACUUCAUAAUCCAAUAACGGUAUCACUUAAGCCAGAUGACGGGGAGAAGGAACCGACAGGUUGUGAAGGGCCAGUGGGGGCAGAGGACGUUGUGUUGGAGUCACGUGUGACGGUUCGCGGUGGUGCAGCAGCCGCUGGUACGUUGCGCCAUUACUACUUGGUGUCAACUGAUGAGUGCCAUCAUCACACCCUGUUGUAUGCACUUUACCGUCUAGGGCACAUUAAGGGUAAGACCCUUGUCUUCGUGAACUCUGAGGAUACAACAUACAAGUUGCAUAAUUUCCUUGCGCAGUUGGGCAUCAACGCUCUCGUAUAUGACAGCAACUUACCGAUGAAUGUUCGUGUGGAUGCGCUUCGCCGCUUUCAAACUGGGAAGGUUGGCACACUUGUGUGUACAGAUGGGACGCUUGAAAGCUUGGACCGCAUGCGGGGUGCAACUGACGGUGAUGAGGAGACGACUACCUCUACUCCAAGGUCUAAUUCACGGGGAAAGAGGAAGUCUCUCGCUGCGGGUGGUGAUGAGGGUGGUAGUGCAUUGCAUCGUGGUAUUGAUUUCUCUGAUGUGAGCAAUGUUAUUCUCUUUGAUGGUGUUACCAAUGCCACAACCUCGGACUUCUCCCGUUACACGCACCGUGUGGGGCGUGCUGGGCGCGGAAACAAAGAUGGAGUGGCCAUCACAUUUUUAACCCUUCAUCAAGCGAGGAAGGUGAAGCAGCAACUACGUGACUACCUGGGGGGUACAUUCCAAUCUUUCGCUCCUUUCAAGCAGCUGGAUCGACAUGCGGCGUCACGAUUGCAGUACCGCGUGGACAAUGUGUUGGCAUCGAUCACCCGCUCCUCUACUCGCCGUCAGCGCGUUGCAGCCGUCGCGGCGGAGCUUACGCGUAGUGCGCACCUCAUGAGCCAUAUGGGUGAUAAAGACAGUGGCGUCCUCAAGCGUAUUCUCUCACGCUCCAAGGGAGAUACAAAGUGCGACCAAACAGUGGUGGAUGUGCCGGAAUAUAUGCGUAUUAAAGGAGCUGACUCUGCGGAGAGUUACCGUAGGCGGGUGCGCGCACCAAAAAAACAUACGACAGCGGUUGCCAAACGGUCAGCCCAAAAAAGGUCUCGUGACCCACUUGGUAGUUUGACGAGUUCGUUGAAGCGGCGCAAGUUGUAA